AGAAUGGGAGACACGAGGGUAGAACACUGUUUAGCUCUCAAGGUGAUGCGACUAACUAAACCUACUCUAGGUCUGCCCUCUCAGUUACACUCGGAUAGAUCAGAUCUUACUCAGGAUUUAUUGAUUGAAAACUUGAAGACCGAUGUCAACAGCCUGGACACCCUGGAGGGACUAAACCUCGGCAAACUUUUAAUUCUACCUCAAUCUUUCGGAAAUAUUUAUCUCGGUGAAACCUUCAGCAGUUAUGUUUGUGUACAUAACGACAGUACAGAGACAUGUAGGAAUGUGAGCGUAAAAGCAGAUCUACAGACCGGUACUCAGAGAAUAGGUUUAGUUACCGGACAGGAGAGAUUAACCCUUGCACCUGGAGAAACUAUAGAUCACGUGAUCCAUCAUGAAGUGAAGGAGCUGGGAACCCAUAUUCUAGUCUGCGAUGUUACCUACGCAAGUCCAACAUCAGACAAAUUAAAUUUUAGAAAAUUUUUUAAAUUUCAGGUGAUGAAACCUCUGGACGUGAAGACCAAGUUCUACAACGCUGAGUCUGACGAGGUGUUCCUGGAGGCCCAGGUUCAGAAUAUUACUCUGGGGAACAUAAACCUGGACAGGGUGGUUCUUGAACCUUCUUCAGUAUUUACAGUGAAACCAAUUCAUCUUGGUACAAACGAUAAUACUGGUGUCUUCUCAUCAGGAACCUGUCUACAAUCACAGGAUUCCUGGCAGUUUUUAUUCUGUUUGAGUCCUCGUCCUGAUCUUGUGACAGAGAAAACCCUCAAAUCUCUAACUAACAUCGGCAAGCUGGAUAUAGUCUGGAGAUCUGCAUAUUGUGAUAAGGGUAGACUUCAGACCUCGCAGCUCCAAAGAUUAGCUCCGAAUACAGGAGAUCUCAAGGUUUCAGUUCUUCAUUCUCCAGCUUUAGCUCUCAUUUACCAACCUCUUCCUAUACAGAUAAGGAUAACAAACAACUGUGAUCGAACCCUGGAAUUGGAACAGAACUUGGAUCUGAACUCUGAGAAGAUCUCCUGGGUCGGAGUAACCAAUACAAACCUUGGUUUAUUGGAACCAGGAGGAUCAAUUAAGAUUGGUGUAGAACUGGUACUCCAGGAGUGUGGACUCCAGUCUCUACCUGGUCUUCAGCUCAAGGACUCCCUACUCACCCGGGUAUACGAGUUCAACGAUCUAGCGCAGAUAUUCUGUAUUGAUGAUCAGGAUCUAUUCUCUUUCAUCAAAUCAGAAUAUAUUAAAUAAAUGUUAUCAUAGUUUUGGAAUAUAUUAACUAAGAUGUCCCUUUUCUUAGAAUAUAUCAAACAAAUUUAAUAUUUAAAACAAUUAUAUUCCUUUUCCCCCAGCAUUAAAAACAAAUACCGUAAUUGUUUAAAUCCUCUCCAGACGAUUUGAAAAUUAUUUGUUAAGGAUAAAAAAUAAAUAAAAUAAAUUGUUAUCAUGAAAAAGCUUCUGAAACACAAAUUGACAUCUUCAAGCUUUCUUUUCCUAUUCCUGUUUUAAUCCUCAUUUCUUUUCCCUAAACCACUUAGAUUUAUUGCUUUUAGUUAGUCCCUUCUUCUCUUCUCCCCCCCCCCCCUACCCCCUCCAAAUUACAAUUUAUAUGGAAUUUGGCCAGUUUUCUUUCUAUUUUAUUUUAUAUUAAAUUUCUCCCUGUGAUAGUUUGAAAUGCAUUUAAUAAUUGAAUUCUCGGAUCUUUUAAUCUACUAAUAUUAUUGUUCUAGAUUGUUUAAUGUUUUUAUGAAAAAUAAUAGAAAAUAUUAAAAUAAAGCUCUUCCAUUUUAAA